AUGUCAACGCUUGAUAGCGGUUAUGAUAAUGAGAAUUACGUGACGAUGAUGAAUGGUCAAAGAGUUUACUCAUGUGGCAUGGCGCCACGAGCUUUUCCGGACUAUAAGUCGGACUUGACGGACACGGCCUACCUAGCCGCCAAUAUGGCCGACGACCCCGUGUCUGGAGAUGCCAUCACUACUGACAACUACGUUUAUGUGUGUCUGAACAACGGUCAAAAGAUAUAUUUUGCAUCACAAGAGAGCAAGAAGUCGUACCUCAGCAGUGUCAACACCAUGCCGCGUCACUUGGUAGAGAGUGUCAUUUGCUCUGGAGCUCCAUGCCCUGAUGCCACUACCAUUACGACACUGAGUCCUGCGGCGCAGCGAUUCGUGCCAGACUAUUCCAUUGUGACUGCAAGCGGUACCACUGCUGCACCCGCGGCGUCUUCGAGCAACAGUAUCACAAAGUCAAACGACACGUCGUCGGACUUCUGUACGGGCCAGGGAUCGGUCAUGUUCAACGGUUUCCAGACGUCCAUUCACGGGUCGUGUGUAAUGUUACUCUUCAAGCCGUGGGUGCUUAAUAGCGGCGUCAAGUACGCGUUCGGAUUUAUCGGGUGUUUCCUCAUUGCACUACUAAACGAGACGCUUGUGAAGGGACGUGAGGUUGUGCGCCAACGCCUUUUAGCGGCGCGGAAGCUCCGCCCCUACGACAAGGUUCACAAGAUGCAGUGCAAGCUGACUCUUGCUGUUCUAUAUAUGAUUCAGAUGACGAUUGCGUACUUUGUCAUGCUCGUAGUCAUGACUUACGAGACGGGGCUGUUUCUGGCCCUUAUUGCCGGCUUUGGCGCCGGCUUCCUGCUCUUCAAAAAUCUGGAUCAGGACAUUACCGAGGAGCGUGGGUCGUGGCGCUUCACGGACGCUUCUACGGUGCGGAUCCAAGUCGAGGGCAUGACAUGCAUGAAGAACUGUGGCACGACGGUAGAGAAUGCGCUGAAAAACACGCCGGGUGUGACCGAUGCAAUUGUGCAGUUCGAUGAGCGUGCCGCAUACGUCUCUGGAUCGGCACAGUAUAGCGACUUGGCGGCAGCUAUCGAAGCAGUUGGCUUCACUGCUGAGGCGAGCAACCAGUCCGGACGCAUCAGCAACGUCUCUUCUCGCGUUGAAUGCCGUAAGGACGUCUAA